GUGCGCAGGCGCGGCCGGCAGGUUUGCCCGGGCUACAAGCCGGCGCGGCCGCCGUCCGCCGCCCGCUCGUCCGCCGCGCUGCGCCAUGGCGGGCUGCGCGGCGCGGGCUCCGCCGGGCUCCGAGGCGCGCCUCAGCCUCGCCACCUUCCUGCUGGGCGCCUCGGUGCUCGCGCUGCCGCUGCUCACGCGCGCCGGCCUGCAGGGCCGCACCGGGCUGGCGCUCUACGUGGCCGGGCUCAACGCGCUGCUGCUGCUGCUCUACCGGCCGCCGCGCUACCAGAUAGCCAUCCGGGCUUGCUUCCUCGGCUUUGUGUUCGGCUGCGGCGUGCUGCUGAGUUUCAGCCAGUCCUCCUGGAAUCACUUUGGCUGGUACGUGUGUUCCCUGUCGCUGUUCCACUACUCGGAGUACUUAGUGACCGCUGUCAACAACCCCAAGAGCCUGUCCCUGGACUCCUUUCUCCUGAACCACAGCCUGGAGUACACGGUGGCCGCGCUCUCCUCCUGGAUCGAGUUCACCCUGGAAAAUAUCUUCUGGCCAGAGCUGAAGCAGAUCACCUGGGUCAGCGCCACGGGGCUGCUGAUGGUGGUCUUCGGAGAAUGCCUGAGGAAAGCGGCCAUGUUCACCGCCGGUUCCAACUUCAACCACGUGGUGCAGAAUGAAAAGUCGGACACGCACACUCUGGUGACGAGCGGGGUGUACGCCUGGUUCCGGCACCCCUCCUACGUCGGGUGGUUCUACUGGAGCAUCGGGACCCAGGUGAUGCUGUGCAACCCCAUCUGUGGCGUCGUCUACGCCCUGACCGUGUGGCGCUUCUUCCGCGACCGAACGGAGGAAGAGGAGAUCUCCCUGAUCCACUUUUUCGGCGAGGAGUACCUGGAGUAUAAGAGGAGGGUGCCCACGGGGCUGCCCUUCAUACAGGGGGUGAAGGUGGAGCUAUGACUGCGGGCUCAGGACCGAGGGGCCGGCUGCGUGGGCCGGAUUUUCUUACUCGUUUUAUAUGCCACCAGUUACUCUUCUGGAACACCCCUCGAGACCAGAAGGUCAGCAGCCUCAGGACCAAACGACCCAGCGAGCAGCCCGUCCCGCGCCGAUCUCGGCAGUGUUCGGCAGCGCCCUCCGGUGUGGCCCGUGAGGUCCGAGCCCCGCGCCGGGGCCGGGCGGCUGAGUGACAGCCAGGACCCCGGGGAGGCGGGCUCUCCCGGAGCGUGCAUUUACUGCCUUCCCCGUAACCACACACAGCACAGCUUUAACCUCUCCUCCUGUCCUUCCGCGCCUGAGCGUCCAGACGGGUUGAAACUCCCGCAUCGGGCGCUUCUGCUCUCCACGUAUUUAAUCACAUUUAUCUAUCUCUCUUCUGUGAAUAGCAGUGCGAAUUCAGGGGGCUCCCGGCGGUCCCAGCUCCGGCGUUUAUCUGGCAGCCCUAAGCCCAGGCGCCAGGUGUGGUGUGCGGCCACAGCGCCUGCUGUCCUGUUGGGGACGGUGGAUGGAAGCUGUGUCGCCUUUUCCUGUACGCAGGGAGAGCUUGCCGAAUGCCUGCUCUAUGCGGGACGCUGGGAAAUGCUGCGAGAUACUGCUCUCCAUUUUUUAUUUCAGGUUUUAUUCUCAACCGUAACUCACAUAUUUUGUGUCUCGGUGUAAAAUCAGUUAACUAUUUUCGACAUUCUGUCUCAGAAUCUCAUCGUCCUUAACACCAUUUCAGACUGUCUUUUCCAAAGGGGGCGGAGCCUGCACAGCUGCAGACUGAAGCAACUGACUGACGGCUUCGGCCCACAGAGCCGAUGAUGGCGGCAGCUGGGGUCCCCUCGGUGCCGCGGGCGGGGCGGGGCGGGUGGUCGGCUUCAUCUGGUUCUUUCUGGACUGGACAGGAGCCUGGUCCCCCCGGGAGGUCCUCCCGAGUGCUGCCUGGCCACGUGCCACACGGCUAGUGAGGGGCCGCCACGCUCUCCCUGCUCAGACCCCAUCUGUGGAGUGGGGUCGGCACCACCUACCUCACAGGGUGUUGUGAGGACCGGGCGGACAACGUCAGGUGGUUUUAGUACUCAGAGGGGAUUGGUGACAUCAGUGACGUCUGCACUGUGUGAGUUACCUGUGCCAGAUACCUAAGCUGUGUGUUCGAGAGCGCAUUUUACCAACUUGGAAAUACCACUUAUUUCUAGA